AUAUUGCACAAAUAAGCAGCUGCUCCAGAAAACAGUUUCUGAUGCGUACAAUCAGAUGUUGUGACUCAAGAGCUGCACCAUAGAUAAACAUCAAGUUAGGUUGUAUAAAAUAAAAACAAGUGAAAUCGGAACAAAUCGCCCCUUGUAGAAUUACGAAACUGAAACGAAUAGAACCAGAGCCAUCAUGAUCUGCAUGUGGCGCCGGUCACGGUGAAGAGGUUAUGUCGUUUAGGCUAACGAAUUUUCGACUGAUUAUUGACAAAUAUCGCAGAAAUCAGCUGACUUGCCGUCCCGUAGCCAAAGAGGCCUUACUUCUUCGCGAAAAUUGCCUUAUCUCUCGUCCCGCACGUGCUCGACAAAUCGCUGCUGCUUGAAUUUGAAUAAUCCGAAAAUAGCAAAAAAGCGUUUGUUCGUUCUGUGCACAUCAUCGUUGUUUUAUGCGUUGCAUAGAACAAUGGAGCAGCAGGUCUGCGAAACGCCAUCAAUUUUGCAGCAGAAAGAGUUUUACGAAGAUGCAGCGAAAUAUUGGGAUAAAAUACCGGCGACGGUGGACGGUAUGCUAGGCGGUUUUGGUUUUAUUUCGCAGACGGAUAUCAACGGCUCGAAGACGUUUCUGAAAUCACUUUUCCAGUUGCCAGACCAGCUGUCAGAGAGAAAAAACGCUCUAGACUGUGGAGCUGGAAUUGGCAGAAUCACAGGGAACUUGCUCACCAAAUUUUUUGAUACUGUAGAUCUGGUUGAACAAAAUCCAAAAUUUUUGGAGCAAGCUAAACAGUAUUUAAAAAAAUCAAUGGGCAAGGUUGGAGAGUUUCAUUCAGUGGGUUUGCAACAUUUUUGCCCUGAGCCCAAAAAGUAUGAUCUUAUUUGGUGUCAGUGGGUCUUGGGUCAUUUAAACAAUGAUCAUCUGAUACAAUUUUUCCAAAACUGUCGCAAAGGAUUAAAAAGUGAUGGUCUUAUGGUUGUCAAAGAAAAUGUUACAAGCUCCAGCACGAUAGAAGUUGAUAAGGAAGAUUCCUCAAUUACUAGACCUAAAGAUGAUUUGUUGAAGGCAUUUGAAAAAUCAGGGUUCAAAUGCAUCAAGGAAUCAAAACAACAUAACAUGCCAGAAGGCCUUUACCCUGUCUAUAUGUUUGCAUUGAAACCCUAUGAUAGUGAGAAUUGAAGAGUGUCAAUAGAGCAGUGGUAUUAUUUUUAAAAGUAUUUAUAUUAUUAUAAAUUAAGCGAUGCUUUUAAAAUCAGACAAAGUUAUUUAUUAUAAAUAUCACACUGUCUUGAUUCUUAAAAAUCAGAUACCACUUUUAUAACAUUUAAUCUGUAACUAAAAGUAUUUAAUUAAAAACUUUUGAUAUAAAUAUAAUAUCAACAUCAUCAUUUUAUACACUCACAGGCUCAAACAUACACAUUUAUGUUAAGUAAAAAAAUUAUUUAAUAAAAAAUUAUUCCUAGGAUAUUCAUUAGUAUGUAUUAAAUAGUUAUGACGUCAAUAAAUUCUUUUGUAAAAACUACUAUGCAAGCUUUAAAAUCGUAUAUGCACACAGAUGAAAUUUUUGUAAAAUGAAGUUUCCAAAAAGUCUAUUUUGGUCUUAUUUUCUCAUAAAAGAAACGUUGAUUGGCGUCUUGCAUGGAAGCAUUUAUAAGACGUUUUUUCAAAGCAUGAAAUUGAGAUAAAGCAUAGUUGUAUAACUCAUUUUCCAUCUUCCAUACAACUGACUUUUGAAUCUUUUUAAUAGUCUCUGGAAGUGGAUCAAUCUUUUGUGUGGUCUGCCGCAGGUGUGAUUUGUUAUCUAAGAAAAAUAAAAAAUUGAUAAAUUAA